CAAGAAUGUCAAAAACAAUAACCAAACUUGUAAUUUUUGACAAGUCGAGAGUGAUUUUGAAUUUUUUUCCUAAAAUUGAAUUUUCUAACAAAAUAUUAAUCAAACACAACAAUGUCUGGAGGAGCGGAUGAAUUGAUGCUCCUGGAAAGGGUGUUUCUAAGGCUAGGAUCUGCUGAAACCGAUGAACAAUUACAAAAUGUACUUUGCAAGUUUCUGCCACCAGUUUUACUUAAAUUGUCUUCUCCACAAGAACCGGUACGUAAGAAGGUGAUGGAAUUACUGAUCCACGUCAACAAAAGGAUAAAGUCAAGACCACAGGUCCAGUUGCCUGUUGAAGCACUUUUAACUCAGUACCAAGACCCUUCAGCAACUUCAUUUGUAACUAAUUUCACCAUUAUAUAUUUGAAAUCUGGCUUUCCCAGACUGCCAAUAGAAAAGCAAACAGAAUUGGUUCCAACAGUCCUGACUGCCUUAGAAAAUAAACUUCAGUCUCAUGUUGACAGUCUGUUGUUGCUUAUUGUACCACUAUUAGGUAAAAUAAAAGUUCCUACUGAUCCAGAAAAGGUAUCUGGAGUAUUUGGAUUGAACGAAAAACCACAUAUUACUAAACAGUUGUUGGAUAUUUUGUUGGAUAUGUUACUUCUACCAUAUAGUGCAUUAUCACCAACACAAACUGAAGCAACUGAUCAGUCAUCUGGUAGUAGUUUAUCAAUACCACCUUGUAUGAGUGAGGCAUCAUACAAGAGAGUGACUACUGGUAAUCCAUUAAAGCCUGAUGAAUUGGAAGAGAUCAAGCUAGGUAUAGUAAAGUUUAUUGGCCAUGGAGUUUUUGCAAAUGAAGAUAUUUUGCCGCAUUUAAUUAUUGCUGGUUCAGACACCCGAUUUGCUGUGGUUAAUUUGGCCGAAAAUGAACUUAAGAAAGUUGUGGGAUCUGUGGAUUGGGGUUCCCUUAAAGUAUGCUUGCCUCUAUACAAUUUAUUUUUGGGUACUCAAGGCAAAACAAAGAAACCUGAACAGGAAAAAAUGCCGGCAAACACAAGGAUUCGUCUAAAGCUACUCACUUAUCUAUGCAGAAUUACCGGUGGGGGAUUUGCGUUUCCCCAAUGCAUUCAAAUUAUCUUUGAUUCUUUGUAUGGAACCCAAACAAACACCAGGUUGAAAACUCAAGCUUUGACGUUCACAAAUAAUAUUAUAAGAUAUGCGAAUGUUGAUCCACUGUCCAAGCUGUCAGUAGUCCUGUUAUCAGGGCUGCAAAAACUAAUCAAAGAAGGUGAAGAGAUGCAUCAAGGUCAGGCAUUCGUUACUAUUGGUAUGCUUGCACAACGCUUUCCCGAAAAAGUAUACCAUGAUGUUGGGUUGCUAGAAACUUUUUUCAAUGGUAUGGAAAAUGCAAACCCAGAGUUACGCGUUCAGAUCAGAGAAGGUAUAUUGAAUCUAAUCUCAGCAUAUAAAUACGACAUUUUCCCCGACGAAUGCGAUAAGGAUGGAAGGUUGAAUAUUUUGUUCGCUCUGAUUAAGAGUAAAAUGACGUCGAACGAGCCUAUGGUCAGAUUUGUGGCAGUGAGAACGCUAGCGACCAUAUUCCCUCCCAAACAUGUACCGUCGAGGUUUGUGCUCUUAACAGCUACUGGAGACAGCAAAGAUGACGUAUCAUCGGAAGCAUUCAAGGCUUUAUAUGGAACAAUGAGAAAGAACGAUGUCGAUUUAGCUAGGGAUAAAUCUAAAAAAAUGGACAUGCCCUCUUUUGAAGAAAUCACCCAAUAUGUCUAUACUGAGGCAGAAACAAACUUGAAGGAUGCAUCUAAAGCUGUUACUGUCGGUAAUCAAACGUUACCAUUCAAUGUCAGCGUUUUUGUUGAGAUUCUGAUCUACAUAAGGUUGACCUUGCUAAGAGAAUUAGACGUGCCUUUGACGAGGGAUAUCUUGAAACAUCCGUGUGAAUAUACGCCAAAGAUAAGCGUAUACAUGCAAUCAAAGGCAAAGAAUGGCGAUGACAGCAAACAAAGUUCUUUAAUACAAUAUGCGAAUUUGGUUCGACGACUGCUGAUUGCAAAUCCUGCUCCUCAACCGUUAUGCUGCAUGGUUGAACUUAUCGGAUGCGUUCCAUUUCUCCACACUCUUCUUUCCAACGACUUACAAUGGAUCAAAGAUCAACUUUCGUCUACAAAAGAAGAGAUCAGGGAGUAUAGCGCUCUGCUGUAUAGUUUAGUACUGACUGGAUCUACAAAGAAUAGCGAAUUUGAGUCUGCAGUGAACGCACUCAUGUCCCAGUUGAGCAGUAAAAAUUUGGAAGGUCAACAUGGGCACCUGCUCGGCAUAGGGAACUGCAUGGAAUUGGAAAUUAUGAACAAGAAGGCUGCUAAGAAAGACGUGUCGAAGUGGGACUUGUAUAAGAGUAGUCUUCAGGCUGUUGUUCCUUUCUUGAAAAAUCAGAAUCCGCUUCUUCUGGGAGGUGCAUGCACAAGUGUUGGCCUCUUGGGUAGAGUUCACGGUCUACCACUGGUUGACGGCACACCCAAGAACGGUAGUCCUGACGCUAAAAGACCAGCGACUGAUUCUGUUUCGAAGAUCGACGUUGUUAACCAAUUGUUGGAGGUUAUGAACAACACAAAAUUAUCGCCUAAAGUAAGAGAAAAAGCUGCGAAAGCUUUAGGAUUGUUAUGCGUCGGGGAGAGAUUCCCGCAUACGAAAGAAGUGCUGCAGGGAUUUUUAGAUACUGCUAAAGAGACAAAGGACGUAGAGGUACACUUCACUAUCGGCGAGUCUCUCGUAAUGUGCUGUCAAAGCAUCUGGUCGUCUGAGGCUCGCAACGCCUGGACGACUUUGCCCUCAGACUACAAACCAGAGACUUCGGAGGUCCAAUCGGACGACACCUUGGACUGGUUGCUGGACGAGCUGCUCAAGCUGGCCACGCACACUCAUCCCAAUUCCAAGCAAGCUUCGUGCAUAUGGCUGCUGGCGGUCAUUAAAGGAUGUGGAGAGAGGGAGCCUAUCACCAAGCGGCUUCAGAGAGUGCAGAACGUCUUUAUGGAUUUGUUGUGCGAGAAUAAUGAUAUCAUUCAGGAUGCAGCUUCUAAAGGUAUAUGUGUAGUCUAUGAUACAUAUAAAUCCGAAGAGCUCUUAUCGGCUCUGGUGAGACAGUUGACGUCUGGAAAGAGACAAGUGGCACAGGUGACUGAUGACACCAAACUUUUCGAAGAAGGGCAAUUGGGGAAAGCACCAUCAGGGGGUAACCUCACCACAUACAAAGAGCUGUGCUCAUUGGCCUCUGACUUAAACAAGCCUGACCUCAUCUACCAGUUUAUGCAUUUAGCCAAUCACAAUGCGAUUUGGAACUCAAAGAAAGGAGCAGCCUUUGGAUUUUCAAGUAUAGCGGAGAGGUGCGGCGAAGAUCUCAAAGUCUAUCUACCCGACAUCAUACCUAAAUUGUAUAGGUAUCAGUUCGAUCCUACGCCAAACAUCCAGGCUUCGAUGCAGAACAUUUGGAGGGUGUUAGUCUCAGAACCACAAAAAGUGCUGGACGAAUACUACGACAAAAUUCUUGCCGAUCUGCUGGAAAACCUGAACCAUCACCAAUACAGGGUGAGGCAGUCCUGUUGUCUGGCACUUCAAGACUUCCUGAAAGGCUCUGGUAAUCGAUCCAUUCACGAUGCAAUUAGCUCUAUGGAUGAAUUGUGGACUAAACUGUUCAGAGUGAUGGACGAUCAUCAUGAACAGACUAGAAUUACUGCUUGUAGGACGGCUAAGAUAUUGAGCAAGUUAUGUAUCAGAGGCUGUGAUAUAAGUCAAGGGAAGGCGGGAGUCAGAAUGGUAGAAACGGUGUUGCCACCUCUAUUAAACAAUGGUAUAACAAAUACAGUAGCUGAGGUGAGACUUAUAAGUUUACAGACUGUAGCGGAACUUGUAACAUCAGCCGGCAAACAACUGAAACCGUUCUUGCCAAAGCUAAUCCCAGCGCUUUUACAAGCUACAGGCGAAAUGGAAUCUGCCAAAUUAUCGUAUUACAGCACCAUGCUUGGUGGAAAUUCUCAAUUGCAAGAAGAUUUGGAUAGCGCAAGAGCAUCGAUUGCAAAGUCGCAUUUCACCACGGAAACUGUAUCCAAGAGUUUACAAUUUGCUGAUGCAUCGAUUUUGGAAGAACUAGUGCCUAAAAUCACAGAACUGAUGAAGGGCACCGUCGGCCUUGGUACUAGGAUUGCUUGUGCUCAUUUCAUCACACUUUUAGUGAUACAGCUUCGACAAGAUGUUCAACCAUAUGCAGGUAAACUACUGGCUGUAUUGGUCAAUGGUUUGACAGAUAGAAAUGCGGCAAUUAGAAAACACUAUGCAUCAGCUAUUGGCCAUUUGGUGUCCGUAGCAAAAGAUUCUAGCCUGGAAAAACUAUUUGCGAAACUGCAGCAUUGGUAUUUUGAAAGAGAAGAAUUUUUGAUAGAGCUGACAGCAAGCUAAUAGGUCGGAGAUCACCAGGAACCUGAGGAUUGGGAAUCUUUGGAAGAGGAUGCACUAAUGCUUUCUUCCAAGCACUUGGAAAAACACCGCGCUCUAAACAACAAUUUAUUAAGUGCAAAAUGUAUAUUCCUACAGCAGGUAGACACAAUUUAAUCAUCUCAAUGGUAAUGCCAUCAAUACCACUAGAAUUGGACUCGAUACUGCGAAUAGCAUCCAAUACUGUAGAUAUAUCGACAAGACGGAACUGAAAAUGAAAAUCUUGGUUUAAUUUGUUAUGGCUAUAAAAUUCCAUAGUUUCCGAGCAAUCAUCGUCACUUUUCUGGAAUAUACUGGUAAAAUAGUUAUUUAUUUCAUUGGGAACUGCUAAAUCAUCUGGAAUGUCAUUAUUACUAGAAUCUUGAAUUCUAAAUGACUUAAGAGCUUUAUAAAGAGCUGCAGAGUUUCUUUGUCGAGAUAGAUGUUGAAGGUAGCCUGAUUUCUCUGCACGUGUAGCAGUUUUUACUCACUGUUUUUAGUGGUGCAUGUAUGUCAAAAAGUCCUACAAUGUUAUCGGAAAUAAAUGUUACUUUCUCAUCGAUAUUAGCCAUAUAAAUAACUUCAGCCCAAUUAACGCUAAAUAAGUCAUCGUCAAAAGAGGUUAGAUCAAAAUUGCGAUAGUCUCUAAAUGUAAUUAGUCUAGGUGGUGGUUUAUUGUUUUUACACGAAAUGUGACAGAAUACAGCCUGAUGGUCACUAAAGUUAACAGUGAAAGUUCCCACUUUGGAACAUCUUUGUGCACAGUUGAAGAAAACCGGAUCUAAAAGCGUUGAAGAAUGAUCAGUUAUUCGAGUUGGUUCAUUCAAUAACUGGUGCAGGCUGUAAGAUUGAAAGCACUGAUUAAUCUUAUUAUCAAUAAAGGAAAUGGAGAAUGGAAUAGAUUUUUAUUUAUGGGGACACUUUAAGACGAUGGUUUACGCUAUUCCCAUAGAAAUAGAAGAAGUAAGAAAUAUAAUCGUAAAUGCUAGCGAAGCAAUAAGAAAUAGACCUCGAAUUUGAGGAGGUUUACGGGAAUGGAUGGUGGACAUUUCCAACAUUUGUUGUAGUGUACUUUAAGUUGUGGUACCUAUCGGAAAAUUUGCAAUAAUACUCUUCCCUAGAAAUUUUUUUGAUUUUUUAUUUUCCAAGGCACUUGUGAUUUUUUUUGCAAAAAUUAAACCAAUUUUGCCCAGUGACAUGCAAUAAAACAGUUUUUAUUUUUUUUUUCGAAAACGAAAUGAGAUACGAAAAAAAAAUACAGGAGUCAAAUAAGUUGUAUUUUUAGAUGCUUAAUCAAACAACAAAUAAUAUUAGAGUUAAAAAAAAGGCAGUGGCGUACAUUUUUUUGCCAAUAAUAUUCGCUAAGGUGCCUCCGGGACGCCUAAUAAUUUUAAUCUAUUUAGGGCAAAUUAUAGAGGUUAACAGGAAAAUAGAUGCGGAGCCGGUAGGGGAAGGUAGUACAAGCCAAUCUGAGU